AUGCCUAUUAAUCUGUGUGAUGCACUUGAAUUAUGUGAUAAUGGUCUUAUCUUCGAUCGAAAAUCUCAAAAUUAUGAGUUCACAGGAAGUUAUACCAAUAAGUAUUGUCCUGGUAAUAAGUGUGGUAAUGAUGAUAACAAAAAAAUUAGUUCUGCUUUUAUAGGAUUGCUAGGUUUCUGUAAGGAUUAUGAUGAUAUUAAAAGUUUAGAGAGUGAUAAAAUUGCUGAAUACGCUAUUUUAUGGUUAGGUCACAAACUGAAUCAAAAAACAGAUGAUGGAGCCACCACAUUAAACGAUUUUUAUAAUAAUCAUAUAAAAAAAAAUAGUCAUUAUGAUCAGAAAACAUUUGGUGAUAGUGAUAAUAAUAAUAUUAAGAUAGAUGUUAUAGAUGCAAAAAUAAAAUCGAUGAAUAUGAAUAUUAAAGAUAUAUCAAAUUUUUAUGAAAUAUUUAAAUUAUUAUGUAAGAUGGAUGGUGAAGUUGAUAAAAGGGAAAUCCAAUGCAAUACAUGUUUAAAAAAUGCUGGAAAAUUUUAUGAACAAUAUGAAAAACUUAAAAAUGUUUUAGAUAUUAAUAAAGGAAGUUCUUAUUUUCAACUAUUGUAUAGUUUAUCAAAUGAUUAUGACAAAUUUAAAAAGAAAUAUAUUGCUAAAUGUAAUGAUAUAAAAUUCCCUGAAGCUUGUUUACGAAGUUCAGUGACAAAAAGUCCAGUGAAAGAAUGUUCAGUGAAAGAAAUUCCAGUGACAGAAUGUCCAGUGAAAGAAUGUCCAGUGACAAAAAGUAUAUUAAUUCCAAUUGCAAUUAUAUUUGUUGUAGCAUCAUUUUUUUUUGGAAUUUCUUAUAAGUAUUCGUUAUUUGGAUUUCGGAAACGAUCUCAAAAACAACAUUUAAGAGAAAAGCUAAAAAAAUAA